AUGGAAGAUGUGGCGGCGCCUCAGUCGGAGCCGACGGCCAGGGACUGGUCGCUGCUUCCCAUGGACGCCCUCGCCUCGAUCUUCGUCAGGCUCGGCGCCGUCGAGGUCCUCAUGGGCGCCGGCCUCGUGUGCCACUCAUGGCUCGAGGCGGCCAAGUUGCCAGACGUGUGGCGAACCGUGGUCUUUGAGAACCACAAGGUCUUGUACCAGAAGGAUGAAACUGUCGUCCGCGCGACGGCGAAGGCGGCCGUCGACCGUUCCGACGGACAGCUUCGGGUGUUCGCCGGGACGCGGUUUGUCAACGACGAGCUCAUGGAGUACAUCUUGGAAAGGUCGCCUUCACUGACAACCCUGCGGCUUGAAUUCUGUGGCUACGUCUUUACCAAACGACUCGUCAAUGCGAUAAGAGAGUCACCUCUGCUGCAGCUGCGUAAUCUGGAACUCGACGGCGCUUACAUAACCGUGGGUGAGCUGACGGACAUCCUUGAGAGCUGCCCUAUCCUGGAGGUUCUUCUGCUACGCCAUUGCCCCAUGAUCUACGACGACGAUGAGCCUGUCGAGACCAUGACGAUUGAUCGUGAUGACGAGAUGCUCUGGUUGUACUUUUCUGAUUGCGAGUACGACUAA